AUGCGUCAGCCUCGAGUUUCUCCAGCCGCUGAUGUAAUCGACGGUAAGAUCUACGUGAUUGGUGGCUGCAGGUCCAACUAUAUCGAGAAUUGGGGAGAAGUUUAUGAUCCAAAGACCCAAACUUGGCAGCCAAUAUUACCUACAGCACUUGACGAUCUCAUCUCACAAAAGAAUGUGGUUCCAGGUAGAUUAGUCAUGGGUGGAAAGGAAUAUGGCAUGCAUGGUUGGAAUCUUAUCUUGAUGACGGGCACUUGUUUGGUAGACAAGGUUUUGCGUCUAAUAUCAUUUAUGAAACAGAGUCUUUAUUGGAACGAUCCAAAGGAAGAUUUGGAGUGGAGGUUGGUUCAAGGACUUGAAGAAGUCUCUCAUCAGUUUCUAUAUUUUCAUAAUCUUUUAAAUUUGGUUGGAAACUCCGAGGGAGAAAGAAGAGUGACAUUGUGGUGGAAGUCGGUAGUUACUCAUCCUGAAAGUCUUCUGCCCAAAGAAAAAAGAAAAACUCCUCAUGAUGGUCACCAAUAUUGCACUGAGGAAUGUAAAACAGAGAUUUGGUGUGGAGAGGUUUUGUUUGAGAGACGCGGUUUACUAGAGCUUUGGGGAUCUGUUCAAUGGUCUAAAAAUGUCUUUACCAUUGACGGAUGGUUAUUGUCACAACAGCUCUAUUACAUCUAG